GGUCCGGUCCUUUAUAUGUGUGUGUGUGUCAGUGUUUGGGUGCUCUGAUCCAUCUGUCCAAUUCGCUCGCCUUUUGUAAAGCCACCCCCACCCCACCCCCCUACUAUACCCCCCCCAUCGAUCGGCAGUUUUAUAAAGCCCUGCCCGGGGGCCUCCCUGCUUCGAUCAAUUCAUUCUCUCGAUCUGCAAAUUAAUCAUAUUAAUUAAAGCUGCCCUGCCCGCAGUUCCAGACAGGCGGUCAAGCAUGCCUGCCCUUCACUCCGUUGCCCCAAAGCCAUCAUCAGAAGGUUCGAGCCCUCCUCAGAGCAUGGCGGCGGCGCAUCACCAUCAGCAGCCGCACCUCUCCGCCGCCUCACACGACGGCGACGACAAGCCCCCCAAUAAUAUACACCCAUUCCUACAGAGAGCUCUUUAUCCCAUUCUCUUGAAGUUUGAAGGAGUGGUAUACAAGGUAAAAGUGGAAGGGGGCAGGAGAGAGAAGACGAUUCUGAAUGGAGUGACAGGGAUGGUGUGUCCCGGAGAGAUACUCGCCAUGCUGGGUCCAUCCGGCAGCGGGAAGACCACGCUGCUCACCGCCAUCGGAGGACGCCUCCACGGCAAGCUCUCCGGGAAGGUCACCUACAACAACCGCCCCUUCUCCGGCUCGAUCAAGCGGCAGACCGGGUUCGUGGCCCAAGAGGACGUCCUCCACCCGCACCUCACCGUGCAGGAGACCCUCACGUUCACCGCCCUCCUCAGGCUCCCCCAGACCCUGACCAAGGAGGACAAGUCGGCCCACGUGGAGAGUGUCAUCACGGAGCUGGGGUUGGGCCGGUGCAGGAACAGCAUGAUCGGCGGUGCGCUGUUGAGGGGGGUAUCCGGCGGGGAGAAGAAAAGGGUCAGCAUCGGCCAGGAGAUGCUGAUCAACCCCAGCCUGCUGCUGCUCGACGAGCCCACCUCCGGCCUGGACUCAACCACCGCCCUGAAGAUCAUAACCACCAUCAAGCAGCUGGCGACCGGAGGCAGGACGGUGGUCACCACCAUCCACCAGCCGUCUUCCCGCCUCUACCACAUGUUCGAUAAGAUUGUCUUGCUCUCCGAAGGCUCCCCCAUAUACUAUGGCUCUGCACGAAAUGCCCUGGAAUACUUCUCCUCCGUCGGCUUCUCCACCCCUCUCACCGUCAACCCUGCUGAUCUCAUGCUUGAUCUUGCCAAUGGUAUUGCGCCAGAUUCCAACAGCGUAAUGGAGCAGAUGAUGAGUAACCACACUACAGAAAAGGAGCGUAAAGGUGUUAGGGAAGCUCUCCUGUCUGCUUAUGACAAGAACAUUGCAGCAUCACUGAAAACAGAGCUUUGCAGUUUAGAUAAUAAUAACAAUAAUGCUGCCGCCCAUAGCUGCAGCCAUGCUUCAAGAAGAGGAGGAGAGCAGUGGUGCACAAGCUGGUGGCAUCAAUUCAAGAUCCUCCUGUUGAGGGGACUGAGAGAGAGGAGAUACGAUGCCUUCAACAAGCUUCGAAUCUUCCAAGUCACAAGUGUUGCAUUCCUCGCUGGCCUUUUGUGGUGGCACACUCCAACUUCCCAUGUUGCAGACCGGGUUGGGAUGUUGUCCUUCUUUGCAGUUUUUUGGGGGUUCUAUCCACUCUACAAUGCGGUCUUCACCUUUCCCCAAGAAAGGAGAAUGCUGAUUAAAGAGAGAUCGUCGGGAAUGUACAAGCUCUCCUCCUACUUUGUAGCAAAAACAGUGGGAGAUCUUCCCCUGGAACUUGCAUUGCCUACGGCAUUUACUUUCAUCCUUUACUGGAUGGGUGGCCUCAAGGCCGAGCCCGUCACUUUCACCCUCUCCCUACUCAUAGUCCUCUUCAGUGUGUUGGUCGCCCAGAGUCUUGGACUGGCUUUUGGUGCCAUUCUCAUGGAUGUAAAACAAGCCACCACGUUAGCGUCGGUCACAAGUCUGGUCUUCCUGAUUGCCGGCGGGUACUACGUUCAGCACAUCCCACCUUUCAUUGUUUGGUUGAAGUACCUGAGCUACAGCUACUACUGCUUCAAGCUUCUUCUAGGCGUUCAGUACGGCGAGAACGAUCGCUACGAGUGCUCAAGAGGAGUUCAUUGCAGGGUUGCAGACUUUCCUGCCGUAAGAUCUAUGGGUUUCAACCAUUUGUGGGCCCAUGCAUCCAUAAUGGCAUUCAUGUUGGUGAGCUAUAGGCUUCUUGCUUACCUCGCACUCCGUCGCGUCAGAUGAUCGAGAAAUAAUCAACUGCUAGACGACAGAGUUUGAUCAUAUGCCCGUACAAGAUUUUGGACACACUAUCGCUUGAGCAUUGAGUUUUACACGAGAGUACUGUGAACUGACCAAAAGUUCUGUGAGUUUAUUGAUCAGUUUUUUUAAUGAACAGAACAAAUUAAAGAAGCAUAGUGUUGUGGUAAAGUAGAGAUGGGAUCCCAUGAUUGCAUGAGUAAUUAAUAAGUUUCGGAAUUUGAAUGAAUGCAUAUAUACGGA